AUGGCAGAUUUGGGUGGUGGUGGUUUUGCAAAUGAGAUGGAGGGUGAUUUCUUGAUGAUAUUUGAGGGAUGGGGCAUCAGGGCAUGGCCCAAGUCCUUCCAAGAGCAGUUUGGGCCUGGCCCACUCGGAGGGGAGCACUGUUCAUCCCCUCCUGCACGUACCAAUUCUCUCUACACUGCUUGGGAAAGGAACAACAUGAUGGUUGUUUCUUGGAUUCUGAGAUCUCUAUCACCAACCAUAUACCAGAGUCAGAGUGUGAUAUGGAUGGACACUGCUUUUGCCAUAUGGAAUGACUUGAAGGACAGAUUUUCUCAAGAGGAUAUGCUUAGGGUAGCAGAUUUGCAAGAGAUGAUUUCUUCAUUCAAGCAAGGAGAGCUGACUGUGACAGAUUACUUUACACAACUGAGGACCCUUUGGGAUGAGCUUGACAUUUUUCGCCCUCUACCUGCUUGUGUUUGUGCCUUCAAGUGCACAUGCAGUGCAACUUCCAGCCAUGCUAUGUAUAAAAGCCAAGAUCAAGUCAUAAAAUUUCUGAGGGGACUAAAUGACAAUUACUCCACUGUGAAGACUCAGAUUCUUUUGAUGGAUCCUUUACCUGCUCUAAAUAAAGUUUUCUCUCUCGUUGUUCAGCAGGAAAGGCAUAUUUUUGGUGAACAAGGUACUCUUUCACAGGCCUUAGCAGUAGCUGGAAGAGGAGGAAGAAAUUUUAGAAACAACAAUGCACGUAAUUCUGGUUUUAAUGCAGCAGGAAGAGGGAGCUAUGGUCGAGGAAAGGGCAUAAAAAUAUGCAGUCAUUGUGGUAUACCUGGGCAUACUGUGGAUACAUGUUAUAAGAAACACGGUCCUCCACCACAUCUUAAGUCUACAAAACAGAAUCAAGAUCAUGGUUAUGCCAAUGCAGUGUACCAAAAUAUUAAUUCUAAUGUUGUUGAAAAGGAUGAAAGUCCAAAGGAUGAAGUGCAAAGUCACCAAACUGGCUUCACUGCAGAGCAGUAUCAAGGAUUAAUGGCUUUACUCCAACAAUCAAAAAUCAACAACAACGCUUCAAAUCAGGUUUCAGUUGUGCCUUCCACAUCCUCAGUUCAGAAAGAGUCAUCACAUUCUGGUAACAAAUCCUCUUCUUUUUCUUUUCCUUUUAGCAUUUGGAUACUUGAUAGUGGAGCUACUGAUCAUAUUAGCUCAUCUCUUUCCCAUUUUAUCUCCUUUCAUCAAAUUAAGCCAAUACAUGUUCAGUUGCCAAAUGGAAAUAAGGCAACAGCAAAUUAUUCUGGUAGUAUAUUCUUGGAUCAAAAUCAUGUGAUACAUGAUGUUCUUUACAUUCCUUGUUUGUACAAGGACUUGCUUGAUUAG